AUGGUAAAAGGCCGACAGACCGUCCGCCUGCCUCAGCAACACCGGAAGAACGAUGAGAUGUCAAAGAAAGCCACAGUUGAUGCCACCAAAGAAAUUCUGCCUCUCCUGACCUUGGCGGCCUUGACCUCGCCAGUAUCUCAAGCCACAUUAUCUCCCGUCUACGGCUCAAUACCAAGCAGCAUAAACCAUACGGAAGCCAUAACAGCAACACUCCUCCUCGGCUUCAUCGCACGACAUCUGUGGCGGGAAUGGAUAGGCGAUGUCAGCAUCCAGCCAUACCUCACGCUUUGGGCGUUCUGGGUGCCCUUUGCUGAGAUGUUCUUGUUCAAAUAUUCAGACUCAUGGGGGCCGAUCUUGGGUGCUAUUAUUACUGGACUGAUUGGAUGUCAUGUCUUGCUUGUCGGAACUGGGUAUGCAGUGGCGCAGGUCAUAGAAGGGCUGGAGCUGCAGAGCACUAUGGGCGUGGUUGGCGGUGUGGCGAUCCCGGCAUUAGUGCUUGAUUUUGCGGUCUUCAGACCACUGGAAUUCGGGCUAGCGAGACUCGUGCCAAUGCUGUGGAUGUGGUCUGGUUUCUUCACGCCGCCAAAGCUGCUGUACAUCAUUGCUGGUGCAUAUGGUCUAGCCUCUCGACCAAAGCCGUACUGGCUACUUUCGCUGAGCAUACCCUCGAUUCUGCUUGCUUUCUUCGCGAAUCCACAUAUCGAUGCCUCACCAAGAAACCUGGAAUUGGUGAACGAGGGAGUUGCAGCCGUGAAUUGGACAGUCCUUGAUCGCUCGUGGUCCAACACGGGCUACCUUUCUGUAGUCGAGAACACAGAACUCAACUACCGAGCACUACGAUGCGAUCACUCCCUGCUCGGUGGUGAAUGGCUCCUCACUUCAGAACGAAGAGAAAAUGAAGGCUGGCUAGUCAGCGAACCAAUCUACGCCGUCUUCAGCAUGCUCGAGGCUGUGCGCCUUAUCGAGGUACCCACACCUGUUCCGGACAGCUCAGCCAAUGCGCUCGUGAUAGGCCUGGGCAUCGGCACAGCACCCAAAGCCUUCAUAACUCACGGCAUUAACACCACGAUCGUUGAGCUUGACCCGAAAGUCCUCGACUUUGCAACGAAGUACUUUGGUCUCCCAACAAACCACACAUCGGUAAUUCGGGACGCCGUAAGCUGGGUCAAGGACCAAGCCACCAGCACCACCUUGAAUUCGGCGCAGACGUACGACUACAUCCUUCACGACGUUUUCACGGGCGGCGCCGAACCACUAGCACUCUUCACAAUCACCUUCCUCACCUCCCUCCGCUCCCUCCUAACGCCAGAAGGCGUGAUAGCAAUAAACUACGCCGGCGACCUAAAUAUCCCCCUCACAAGCACAAUCCUCACAACCAUCCAACGAACCUUCAACGGACAAUGCAAGAUCUACCGGGAUGCGCCACCAGAGCCCGAAAGCGCAGACAAGAAGUCAGCUGAAGGCGACUUCCUAAACAUGGUAGUCUUCUGCCGCAACAGUGCUUCAGGAGGCGAGAUCACAUUCCGCAAACCGGUGAAGAAGGAUUUUUUGGGGAGUAGGAGUAAGGAGCACUAUCUCCUUCCCAAGGCGGAGUGGGAGAUAUCUUUCCCGUCCUCCAUCUCAAAGAGAGAUGAUGGCAAGGGUGGCAAGGCUUUGGAGGUAUUUGAGAAAGGGUCGCAAGGCAAGUGGCGGAAACAGCAGGAGGAGAGUGCAUUGCGGCAUUGGUAUAUCAUGCGCCGGGUAUUGCCGGCGAAGGUGUGGGAGAUGUGGUAG